GAAUGGCGUCAUCUCGCCACUGUUCACGCUAGAAGAAGACGCUGAAUUGGUUACUCAGUCCGAGCCAGCCCGCGUAAUUCCCGCGCCUAUCACAACUUGCUUCUUCGAUUUGGAUGAUACCCUGUAUCCUCAUAGCGCUGGCCUCAGCUGUGUGAAGAAUAUUGAAGAUUACAUGGUUCAACACCUGGGUUUCUCAGCAGAUACCUCAGGCGAGGAGGCCAUCAGGCUGUACAAGGAGCAUGGCACCUCCAUGGCUGGACUCAGGGCAGAAGGUUACGCCUUCGACUUUGACGACUGGCAUGCAUUCGUCCACGGCCGACUGCCAUACCACCUGCUGAAGCCAGACCCCGCCUUGAGGCACCUGCUGGAGUCACUUCCUCAACGCAAAUUUGUGUUCACCAACGCCGAUCGCGCCCACGCCAGUCGGUGCCUGCACCUGCUGGGCCUGGAAGGGUGCUUUGACGCCGUGAUUGCAUUCGAGGACGUCAUGGCGCACCACCCGUCUCUGCCCUUCUCCCUGCGAAACAACUUCCGCCCUUCAUGCACCACCUCUGACAUCCCUAACGUUUCUGACGGCUCUGAAUAUCUUCUGGACUCCGACCAUGGUCUGCUCCCAUCCUCUCUGCCGCCCAUUCCCUCCGCCUCCUCCACCGCCUCCCUCCCCUCAGCUAACCUGUCAAGCGAUUGCAGUAAUGGCAGCAGUGGCAGCAGCUCUCCAGAGCGCUUGCUACCAAUCAGUAUCCAGGAACAGCAAGAAGGACCAAGUGAGCAGCAGCAGCAGCAGCAGCAGCAGCAGCAGCAGCGUGAUUUAGAGCAGCAGGAAUCAGAACAGGUGAACUUACCCCAGGUGCCACCUUUCCGCUGCAACAGCCGCCGCUGCGUCAGUGCAGAUGCACUGGUGGAGCUGCUGCUGCUCACCCUCUUGCUGCACACGCUCAUCGUGACGUCGCCAGGCUAG